AUGAAUACUAGUUUAGCUCGUGGUGUUGAUACAACUCCUUAUGAAAUUGUAUUUGGUCAAAAACCAAGACUUGGCUUUGAUUUAUGGAAAUCAAUAGAUGAACAAGGUAUUAUCAACGAAGAAGAUUUACCACCUGCUAUUCUUGAACAACUUAUGGAAGAUAAAACUUCAAUGUCUACAACUUACGAUGUAUCAAAUACUGAUGCUGUUAAUCAACAACACUCAAUUUCUUCCACCAUCCCCAAGCCCGAUGCAUCAACAGCUGAUUCGAUGUCAGAAUCAGCCGCUUCAUCAGGUAUAAUUAAUGAUGUAUGUACACAAGCAGUGGACUCGACUGAUUCAAGCAAUGAAGAAACUGAUGAUAUAACACAACAUACAAACGAAGUUGCUAGUGAUGAUAUAACAUCAGCUAAUUCAGCACAUUUGGUAAUACGUCGACGAGCAACAGAAAAAUAUUUAUCAAAAGCAAACAAAAGGAUUAAAGUUUAUUAUGAAUUUAUAGAAGAGUUUUCCUCUGGUUGUUCCAUUGGUGAUUUUGUUGGUAUUAAUAUUGAUAAAGUUGAUCGUACAAAUACGGAUCCUAAAAUAUUACCUGUAGUUGUCUUUAAAAAAAGACAUGAUAAAAUUAAGGUCGCAUGUGAAUAUGGUAUAAUUGAUACAUGGUGGUCAUUUGAUUCUGUCGUUAAAUUAUCUGCAGUACCAGAAAAAUUGAUUAAUUUAAACACAAGUCAGUUGAAAAAAAUUUCAAUUAUAACCGCGUCGAAAUUAUACGUUCGUGGUAGUGCUAAUGGAUUUACUUGUUCAUGUAAAGGUAGUUGUAAAACAAAGGAAAAUAAUCCGAUUAUUAUUGGGCAAAAUAAUUCACAUAUACGUAAUGUGAUUAAAUUAUUUGCUGAUACAUUUGCUGAAUCAUUGAUUGAAGUUAAUUCAGUUAUUGGUCAACGUAUGAUGCUCACUUUACAACAAAUUCAAACUGCAAAUAUAAAUUUACCAUCAACUUCAACUAGUUUAUUACAAAACAUAUUCCCAACACAUAUUGUUCUUCCACGUUUGGCACCAACGGUUGAUCAAGUAUAUCAAAAUAAUGACUUAAUUAACCAAUCUUUACAACUUGUGCCGUAUAUUUUAUUAAGUGAACGUUCAUUACAGAUUUUAAAAAAAUGUGAUAAAGCUAAUGAUACUAAAAAUGACAUUAUACAACAUAUUAUUGAACGAAUACAAGUGAUUGAAAUUACUGUUGAUGAGAACAGAUUGAAGUAUUAUUCAACUGAUGGUAUAUCUUAUAAAUCAUCAGAUGAUACUUAUAUAUUACAAAUUAAUAAAGAAUUAUUUGAAGAUUGUAUCAAUGCCUUCAAUCAGCCAAUGGUAUUAAACAAAGCAAAGUUACGUUUAGUAAUAUCUAUUUGUCAUGAAUUUAUACAUCAUAAAAUGCACAAAUAUUUACUAAACGACAAAUGGUCAAAAGCAAAAUAUGAAAAAACUCCACCAGAACUAGUAGAAUCUGAUGUUCAUUGGGAAAAGCACGUUAUUGGUGGUCGUGUGAUUAAGAUCAAUAAAACUAUUUAUUCAUUUAUUACGAACAAUGGCGAAAAAAUUGAUCUUGAAGAUGAUUUAUGUGCAUUUUUAUUGGACAAAGUAAAUUAUGAUGAUGAAAAUUCUAAUGCUUA